CCAUAUAUGUCCAGUCCACCCCCUCCCUUCUCUCCCUCUCUCUCUCCGGUACUUUAUCCAUAACCAAAAUCUUACAAGACAAUUUCUUGCCUAUUACCGAAAACACAGGAAAUAAAACGACCUCGAUGGCUCGCUCUCUCUCUGUUUCUCUCACAAAAACAUACUACCUAACAUCGUCACCAUCACCAACGAGAUGUUCUUCUCGUUUACUUACUCUCAGAGCCCAAUCAAACGUUCCCAACAGGAACAACCAAUCAGAAUCUGAUGAUUCUUCUUCUUCAUCAUCCACGGACCCUUUGCUUAGAAAGCUAGAAGAUGCAAUCCAUGGGAUCAUUGUGCGCCGUGCUGCGCCUGAUUGGCUCCCUUUCUUGCCUGGAUCUUCUUAUUGGGUCCCACCUCCUAGAUCUGCAUCUGGCUCUCUUGGGAUUGCUCACCUUGUUGAGAAAUUGGCUAAUCCUUUGUCUGAUGAGGAGUCCCUUUCUACCUCUACUGUUAGAGGAUGGCCCUCCUCUGAUUAUUUUGUUAAAGGUGCAUCUUCACAACUGGUGGAGGUAAAGUUGAAUUCAAAGAAAGUAGAGGCAGAUACUACCACAAGUAACACGUCUCAAUCUGAGGAUGAGGAAGGAUAGGUCAUAUUCCUUAGAAAAUUAGCUUCGGGGCUUAUCCAAACAUGUGAAUUUCAUGUAGAAUCAAGAAAAGAGAACCAAGCGAAACUCCAACUGAAUCACAAUUUGAUCAACUAGAGCUGUUCGGAUGUGACUUGGUGAAGUAGCAAUAAGUUUAGUUAUUCCUGAAUGAAUUAUGCCUAGAACUUUAUUAUUCACAAAUGUAUUUUGUAGUCAAUAACAUUACUUACAAUUAUGUUGUUUGUGAUGCCCUUUCUAUUUUGCUGGAUAUGUUUUUUUUUAGUUCAAUUGCAUGCUUUUGUACAUAUGUUUUAAGCUAAUAAUACGGUGAUCUUACUCUC